GAUCGGGAACAACUCGCAGUCGUAGUCAUGGCUAUGGCAGGGAGGAUGGCAGAGGAUGCUUUUGACAUUGUGGACCGCAUAUGCCAUAAGAGGACGCUGAGUCUCCAGGGUUUGCUCAAGAGCGSCAACGAAGGCCUCCUCUUGGGCAACGAUGAUGCAGAUGAUGAUAGYCGUGGGGGACGGUCUUUGCUUUGGCUGUGGCCCACUAUUGUUGAUGUCUGCAAGCUGUUGCCCCGUGCUUCGCCUAGGUGGUGGGUCAUGCGGCGAACAGGUGGGCUGUGGAAGGAUCUCCUUCCGUGUGAUGAUGCGGAGGAUGACCACUACUUGGGUCUCUUACGCAUGCGGCGGUCAUCAUUCAACCGUCUUUUCCGGAAGGUCGGUCCCCUCUUGGAGAAGGAGGUGACAAAGUUCAGGGUCCCUUUGGAUCCUGCGAAGAAAUUGGCGUACGCUCUCCACAGGUGGGCGCACGGUGACUCGCAUUGGCAUACUUGUUCCGGCUAYRGUAUGGGMAAAACCAGUGGACUCCGAGCCAUCAGAGAGGUGGCUGAGGCCAUUAUYACGUGUUACYSGAACAAGGUCGGGUUUGGGGGUUUUSYGGAGYGUCAUCGUAGAAUGYAGUUGUUUGACGCGGAGGGCUUCCCGAACUGUUGGGGGUGCAUAGACUGCACCCAUGUUUAUAUGGACAAGCCGCGCACGAGGGAUGGGGAUGACUAUUGUUCGGGAAGAUUCAACAGGUUCUCCAUUGUAGCACAGUURGUGGUGGACUCGGAACUGAAGAUYCUGGACUUCUGCUAUGGAUUCCCAGGGACUGUUGGUGAUGGACGCGCGUUGAAGUCGACGUCACUGUACAGGCGCGGUCUGCAAGGUGAACUGUUCUUGGACGACCCCGCUGAUCCUUUCGUUGCUGAGAGGCCGGCAAUUGCAGGUGUCCCUGGCGGGUACUUGCUCGCCGAUGGCGGGUAUCCCAGUCUACCAUGGAUCAUCACUCCUUACCGCCAGCAACCGAAUUUCACAACUGCCAUGCAACAGUUCGAUGCACUCCACAAGAUAGUGAGAUCUUGCAUGGAGCGUUUUUUUGGAGUUUUCAAGAUGCGGUUCCAGUUCUUCCAUCGUCCGCAUGUGACCAAUAUAAGGAGGGAGGGUUUGGAAUUCGAAGCCUGUUGUAUUCUCCACAAUCUAUUUCAGGAAUGGGGAGACAUGCCGCAAGAGGACUUGGAGUUCUCUGAUGCGUCUUCCCCUGACACACCUCCUCCCCGUGGUGGACAAGGAAUUCGAGACAGGGACGAAGCUCGGUCGAGGUGCGAGGCGGCCGAAGCGGACGUGCAAGUGGCACGUCAGCAGGCUGAAACCGCUUGGAGGUUCUACGAUGACAUUGUGCGUGGAGUGGCGGUGGGGACUGUUGGUGACAACGAUUUGUGUGACGAAUUCGAAGCUCUUCGCGUCGGUGGAAAGGGAAAAGCUGCAGGCACCUCAUCAGCAACAGAGGGUGGACAUGGGGCCACAUGUUCAUGUUGCGAGGAACUCAGUGGCAGGAUGAAAAUGAUGGAGAAAGAGAUCGCACAUCUUCAGAUUAGUAACGAGCUUCUCAGCCUCCCUGCUUCUUUCUGGGACGAGUCGAAUUGGCAGCCUGUUGAUUUUUCCGCGGGGCGGUCGUCCGCCCCGCCGUCUGCGUGAUGUCCUCCAGAGCGUAUUCCGUGAA